AUGUUACAUGACAGUUAAAUGUAAAAUUUGAUUUGUUUUGACUUUACUUAGACAUUGACAGUUUGUGGUUUCGCUUUCGCCGGUGGCCGAGUUAAAUAUUGUUUUAUCAUUAACUCUAGAGGUUCAUUUAAAAUGUUAAUUUAAAUCAACGUUAUGUUUGGAAAGUAUGUUCUAGUUUAUUGGAUGGCUUUUACUCCUUUUUAUAAAAGUUUACCAGGUGACUUUGUAUUUGACGAUUCCGAAGCAAUAAUCAAUAAUAAAGAUGUAACUUCCAAUGUAUGGUCAAAUACAUUUUACAACGAUUUUUGGGGUACCAAUAUAAAGAGUAAUUUCAGUCAUAAGUCCUACCGACCGCUAACAACGUUGUCCUUCAGACUCAAUUAUAUCGUGAAUGGUGAGAAACUGGAUGCACAUUUAUUCAAAGGAAUCAAUUUGAUAUGUCACUCUCUGUGUUCUGUUGUUCUAAUAUUUGUUUAUGAAGUAAUAGUCAAAAGAGUUCAAAAAUGUAAUAGCAGAAUGUACUUAGACAUAAGUUUUGUAGCUGCAGCAUUAUUUGCUGUGCAUCCAAUCCAUGCAGAAGCAGUUGCAGGAGUUGUAGGAAGAGCAGACAUACUAGCGACUAUGACAUUUCUCAUAUCAUUUCUAUUAUAUGAUCAAUCAAUGAACAACAAAAAACGUACUUACAUAUAUUUAUUUACUUCAGUACUUCUAGCUGGCAUUUCUAUGUUAUUUAAGGAAAAUGGCAUUACAGUAUUGGGUUUUUGUAUAGUUUACGACAUAGUUCUAAACUGUGGUAAAUUGAAAAGGAACAGAAUAAAUAAAUUUAUAGCAACUUUGAUAAGGAUAACAAUAGUUUCCUUGGCUGGCGGUUUACUUAUAUAUGCUAGAUGGAAGAUAAUGGGCGGAAUGAAACCAGAAUUUAAGCCGGGUGACAAUCCAGCUGCUUUUGCAAAUGAUACAUUCACUAAGGUGGCAACUUUCCACUAUAUUUAUUUUUUAAACUUUCUCAUUUUAUUAUGGCCUCAAUGGCUGUGCUAUGAUUGGUCGAUGGGAUGUAUAAAACUAAUAGAAAGUAAUAAAGACUUCAGAAUUAUAUUUCUCAUAUUAUUAUACCUGUAUGGAAUAUUAUUACUUAAAACAAUUUUACUUCCCAACAAAAAACAAUCUUCUAAAAGGCUCAUAUUUUUAGCAAUAUCAUUGCUAACAAUUCCUUUCCUUCCGGCUUCAAACAUAUUAUUUCCAGUUGGUUUUGUAAUAGCAGAAAGAAUCUUAUAUUUACCUUCUGCUGGAUACUGUUUACUUAUAGCGAUUGGUUUUCAUAAAAUUGUCAACAAGUAUAAAAAAUUAAAGUAUUUUGGUAAAGCAGGAGUUUUGCUAUUAUUAUUAUUAUACCAACUUAAAACGUGGGAGAGAGCCUUUGAUUGGCAGAAUGAAUAUAAUUUAUUCAUCAGUGGUUUAAAGGUUUGUCCGCUGAAUGCCAAAGUUCGGUACAACGUCGCUAAAGUUGUUGACGCCCGCCAAAAUACAUCAUGGGCAGUAUCGGAAUAUAAAGAAGCUAUUAGAUUAUAUCCUGAAUAUUAUCAAGCAAUGAAUAAUUUGGCUAAUCUACUUAAAAAUGAAAAGAAUUUUUCUGGGGCAGAAUUUUACUUCAAAAAAGCUAUUAGCGUAAAACAUGACUUUCCCGCGGCCUGGAUGAACCUCGGCAUUGUUCUCGCCAACCAGAAGCGUUAUAAGGAAUCUCUAGAGGCUUAUAAAACAGCGCUACAGUAUCGACAACACUAUUCAGAUUGCUUCUAUAAUAUGGGAAAUUUGUACUUGGAAUUAAAUGACACGGACGCAGCGAGACACAGCUGGUCCACCGCUAUUAGUUACAAUCCAAAACACACAUUCGCAUGGACUAAUCUAAUUGCUAUGCUUGAUAACAUGGGACAAACUGAACGAGCUUUGCAGGUAAUACCCGAAGCACUCUAUCAGUUACCGAAGACCCCUUCAUUAUUAUUUGCCGUAGCUAACUUAUACGGUAAGACAAAUCAGUUUACGGAAGCCGAAAAUCUUUUUAAAAGUGCAAUCAAACUAUUCGGUGAAGAAGUUAAGGCUAUCCACUAUGCCAAUCUUGGUGUUUUAUAUCAUCGUUGGAAAAAAUAUGACUUGGCCAAAAAAAUGUACAACCAAGCACUUCAAAUUGAUCCUACAUAUAUGAGUGCUAAAAAGAAUCUUGCACUACUGCAAAAUUAAGAAUAAAUUAUUAUUAAUCUCC